UCUAGGACUUUGACAAGACAGAGGAAGAAUAGAAAGAAACAGGCACUGAAUUAGGGAAUUGAUGUCUUAUGAAACUGAUGUGCAUACUUCGGUCUCUUACCAACUUACAGUGCAGCUAUAAGACAGAAAUAAACAAAAAAGAGGGAGGAAAAAACCCAAGAUCUCGCUUCUAAACUCCCUCAGCAGAACGUGAAAGAGCCCCAACCUUCUCACGGAGUUUUUUAAAACCCAACUAUUUAAACAUUUGCUAGUUUAGACGAGGAUCUUUAGCGGUUUAGACGAGGAUCUUUGUCAAGAGCUAUGGAAAGCUUUAGAGUUUUUUUCCUGCUGAUUUUUCUUUGUUCACAGAUUUUCUGUUUUGAAGAUGUGCCCAGUUUGGAGAAAGACCCUUGGACAGCCCCGUCUCUGAAGGAUGAGGGCUUGCAGAGCAGCUCCCUCCAGCGCUUUGCACAGCUGGUGAAAAGGGGGAAAUUCCAGCAGUUCUAUGGCCUGAUGGGAAAACGGGCUAGUGGGCACCAAGGAGCGACGUUCAUAGGACUCAUGGGACGAAGAUCCUCCAGUGGAGAGUCAACACAGGACUGGGACAACAGCCAACCACUUCCUGCAUGGGAGCCAUAGCAUGACCCUCCAUCAGUGACCAACAUCGGCUCCUUUCCUUCACAAGCAUUAGACUACGAUAGCUAUGUCGUCUGCUCGUCCAUUCACACCCCAUGAACGGAGUAACACAGUGCUUUUCUAGUACCACAUAAGCACUUUAGGAUCUUUUCUUUUACCAUUGUCUCCUUUGGUCAAACUGCUAUGAUAUAUAAAUGUAUUGCUGUUGCUGGGACGAGUUGGCGCUUUCUUUACGAUGAGCAGGGCACAGGGUUAGUACGUCCCGUCCUUAAUCCUGUAGCCGGGACAGAUACACACUUUGGUUUCCUUAUUGCAUUAUUUCUGCCGAGGUGAUAAAGCCUGAAAUGUAAGUUCUUAAAAAUCAAAAGAGGAAGGAAAUGCU